GCGCAUGUGGCUCCGCCCCCGGCGCGCGGUGCGCAGGCGCGCGGCUGAGCCCGCGCAGGGGGAGGGAUUGAGAUGAGCGUACUCCUGCCCAACAUGGCGGACUUCGACACUAUCUACGAGCUGGAGGAGGAGGAGGAAGAGGAGCAGGAGGAGUCCGAGCCCGUGGUGCGCAGCCAGGAGCUGCCCCGGCCCCGCGAUGCGCCGGAUCCCGUAGCGGUACGGGGCGCCGGGCACAUCACCGUGUUUGGCUUGAGCAACAAGUUUGAUACAGAAUUUCCUUCUGUUCUGACAGGGAAGGUUGCCCCAGAAGAAUUCAAGACCAGCAUCAGUCGUGUGAACGCCUGUUUGAGAAAGAAUCUCCCCAUCAAUGUAAAAUGGCUGCUUUGUGGCUGUCUGUGCUGCUGCUGCACGCUGGGCUGUAGCCUGUGGCCUGUAGUCUGUCUUAACAAAAGAACUAGAAGAUCAAUUCAGAAGUUAUUAGAAUGGGAAAAUAACAGACUAUAUCAUAAGCUGGGUUUGCACUGGAAGCUGAGUAAAAGGAAAUGUGAAACCAGCAAUAUGAUGGAAUAUGUAAUAUUAAUAGAGUUCUUACCAAAAUAUCCCAUAUUUCGACCUGACUGAGGAACAUCAUUUGGUCUUUCAUGUUACCUGUCAUUUUCUACCCUUAGUGCCUUGUAGAUGAUUUUGGAAAGAAGAUGGUCUACUUUGCUGUGACUUAAUGUUCUUCAGUAGAGUAUCUUCCUUGCUAUGUUACUUUCUUUUGUUAAGAAGAGAACAAUUUGCACAUUUUUUUUUAUGUUAUAUGAGGCUUCUAUGUUGCACUCUGAAUUUUUAACAUUACCAAUAACUGAUAGAGUUGCCACUAAGGAUCUAACAUCAGUGCUGCUUAAACUUGUUCUGAGCAUGCUGCCUUAUUAAUUUCUGUAUUUGCUGUCCUCAAACAUGCAUCCUAAUGCUGUGUCAUACUCUUAUUUCAUUCUGAAUGUUGCAACCCUGGAAACCCUCAGUAGAAAUGUCCAGGUAAGCAUCUAGUAGUAACGAUUUUAGUAUAACCUGCUCGCAUAGGACUCGCAAUCAACAGCACUGGUUUUGUCCUGCACUUUGCAAAAUCAUCAUCUACAUUAGGGGGUUAAUUAUUUUACCCACUAUGGAUUUGUAAAUAGUUACUCUUUGCAUAAUGUAAAGUGUGGUAUGCCAAGGUUUACAGAAUGUAAUAUAGCUCCUAUUCUAUUGCCAACAGUCCAACAUGGUUUUACUCAUUACCCUUGCUCGUAUCCCUCUGAUUGUAUAGACCCACUCACAUGCUGUUUUUAUGGUAAAGCCAUAAGGAGUUUGUACAUACUAUCAGAUGUGUAGGGCUCAGUUGCACUUUGUUUAGUAAAUGGAUGAAAAAUGCAUAGCAUUUCUGUCUUUUAUUUCAUGUUUUAAAGGAUUUCAGGUGGUGUUUGUAGCACCUGAAAUAGGAAACUUAAAUAUUGUUCACCUUUGGAAGAGCUGCAUUUGUGGGGUAGAUGGUGGCUGCUAAAUAUCCUAAAGCCCCUUUAAGUUAGGAAUAUGUGGAUGUCGAGUUUUGUUUUGUUUGUAAGUGAGGAGAAAAAAUGUUUCAUAAUUGGAGACCUUCAUUACUAAGGAGAAACAUUUGGAGCAGCCAAAUCAAAGCUGACGUAACACUUUUGGUGGUUUUGUAGCCCUGAUAGUACUUCAGCGCUUGAGUGACACGGCUUCCUUUCCAGUGGAAAUAGAUUUUAUCUAAAUCAUAGUAGUUGCCCAUCAAAUAUGCUGAUGGGAGGAAGUGGUUCAGUGGGAAGGGUUCAUGCAUGUGUUUUGGUAUUCAGGCACAGUUUGAAGAGCCAGAAAUGCCUUGUGGAAUUCACAAGUAUUUUGGGGUUCUUCCCUGUUUGCCUGAUCUCAGGCAGGGAAGUAGUUGUAGAAAAGCUUCCUGCGAUGGUUGGCCUAAGCAAGACCACUUGGUAAUAGUAAGGAAAUGAAAAUUGAUGCAAGUUCCCUUCCUUUCCUAACUAGAAAUAAGAAAUCAGACAAAACCCAGCAGAUGACUGAGUAUCUGCACUUUGAGAUGAGGAUCUUCACAAAUGUCCAGGCAUUUCUUUGCAGCAGCUUGACUCCUCACCACAUCGUCCCAAGUUGCUUUAUAGUUUCAGGGUUACUUGGGAUUUCCUCUGAAUGUAUUUGCAACUUUCCAUUAUGCAAUACUGUAUUAAAAUUCAGUAUUUGUAAGACCAUUGCAUCCUAAUGACUGUCAUAGGGCAGACUUGGUGUGCACAGUGUUUACAGGAGGCCAGUUUUAUGCAAGUUGUUACUUUAAAUCAAAUCCCGUGCUGUUCUUACUGUGCAGCUGAGGAGUGUCAGGCUCCAGCGCUUGCAGUAGCUUCCAGUCACAGACUGAUGCGUCAGAUUCUGCCAUCUGUACACUUGCUGCAGAGGUUUCAUUUGACUGGCAGGUUGGUGGCAACUGUGUAAUUGCAUUUGUAACAGAAUGAAUAAAAAGCUGUUUGAAUUUACCAUUAGCUACACCUCACAACUCAGAUUUCUAUCUCGGAACCAAGCAGCAUUCUCUCCAAUUUAUUUUUUUCAGGAUGAGUGUUAACUGGAAGCAGAGAAAAUACUUAAUGGCAGGAAAAUGCCAUGUAAACCAAAACUGAAAGAGCACACCCAGUUCUGUGUAUUUCCCUUAGAAGAAGUUUCUGGAGUAAGUGAAGGGAGCUUAGCUUCAUUAGUUGAACAAUGGGAGUUUCUUACUGUUACGCCAGAACUUUGUUAUUUUCUUUUUGUGUGUAAGAAACUCAAGAAUUCUCAGCAGGUUCUUUAUGUGACUGUAUUUCAAAAUGUUCUUUUCCAACUGAGAGACCAGGCAAAGCAGAAUGAGAGCUCUAGUAAUUGCCGGUGGUGAAUGCUGAGUGGUCUUCAGUCUCGCUGCUAACAGAAUUCCCUUCAGUCGGUGCUGACUUCACCAUAUUCAGUUCAGAAUUCCUCAGCCCGACUUGUCUUGUUUCUGUGAAGUGCUGUGCCAAGCUGAGGGAAUACCCUGAGCCACCGGAGCCCCUGGUCCCUCUGGGCUGUGCCCUGGCUGCCCAGUGCUGUGAUAUGACCAGAGACCCAAGGCAGGGCAAGGUGGUGGCUCCACUUUCCCACCCACAUCCCUUUGAUCCUGUCCCAUGGGCCUGGCCAUGUCCUGCUCUGCCCACAGCAGGUUGUCUGUCCCUGGGUCUCUCCAGGGCACCACAAGGUGCUUAAGCACAGAAUGUUAGUUUUUAAAGUUUACAUUUCAAGUAUGUAAAUUGUAUACAUUUUACUUUGUCCUUAAUUGUUAACUGUAUAGUCUUCAAACCAUGAAAGGGUCUCUUCUUUGUGUUUUAAUAGACAUGUAAAUAUGUGGCCAUAAAGCAACUGGUAAAGAAUAUGAGAGCUGAAACUGCCAUUUACAGUAAGCUCCAUGUUUUAGUAAGUAGAUAAAUUUGCAUUAAAAUGCAAAUCCAGCACACAGUAUUAUAUUUGCAUCUGAAAGACACAGGUUCCAUAGCUCAUUUAAAGAGGAAGGCAGCUGUAAGUACUGCUGUGAACUGUGCACUUCUGCUCUGCCUACAGGUUCCUUUUUGCCUGGGCUAUCCUCUGCUUUGAACAAUCAGCAGGUAAUUCUAUCUCACAAGACAGAAAAGCUCAUUGUUGACCAUAAGAAGUCAGCAUGAAUUGGUAAAUGUCUUUAUGAAGGAUACUUUUUCAUUGGAGAAAGAAUUUGUGGCAACAGAACAGAGAUUAAUGUAAGCCAAGUGUCAUGGAAGUGUUAAAGAAAGUGCCUUGACUGGUUCCAGCAAAAGAGAACACAUUGUGCAGGGAGUAAGGAGAAAAGGGAACUAGUAACAUUCAGUAGUGUGAGUUUGCAGUGGAGUUUUAAAAGCAGUCACUGUCUACCAAAUCGAUGUUUCAUUUUUCAUAUAAACAUGCUGACACUAACUUUCCUUUCUGGACUUUAUCUAGGAAAUAUUUGGGUUUGUAUCUAAUAAGUUUUGUAUCUAAUGAGUACUGAAGUAUUAAAGAACCCUGGCAGAGCAUCAGAGCACCUACCUGCUGAUUGCCCACCUGCAUCUGUGAACUUAUUUUACCAUAGGAGGGAAAAAAGGUGUUCCAGGACAUGCGCAGACAAGUCUAGGAAGCGGGUUCAGCUAUAGAUGGGUGGCUUUAAAACAGAAAACACUUUUACUGAAUCUUAUGUGGUCUUGAUAAAUCAAAGUUCUUAUGCUUUCCUUGACAGGUACAAAACUCCACAUGCAAACCCAUAACUGUUUAUGAUUGUCCCACUACGACAGUUCACUACAUUUACUUGUCAACACGCUGCCAUUGGAGCAAUAAAAAUGUCAAGCUAUUACUAUUCAAUGUACAUUAUUUAUCAUUUCAGUAAGAAAUGUUGUGUGAUUCUUCUGCCUUUUUUGUUCUCUGCUUUUGGUGUUCUUACGGUCUUGAAACAUUACUUGUACUGCUUCAGAAAAGUGGUUUUGUUUAAGCUGUAUGAAACUUUGUUCACUACAUUUUAAUCUUGUUUAUAAGUAAACAGCCACUUUUGUAACAGGACCUCACCCUCGGACCACAUCUUGAGAGUUUUCUCUUUUUCUUUUCUUCCCUUUUUUUAAAUGAAAAUAAACCUCUGAGCUCGCUUUCUACAACUCACUGCACUGGCUUGUGCCAUUACAAGAAGCUGGAAGUCAGAUGUGCUUAAUCACUUUGAGACAUUUUUCUUUAAUUAAAUUUCAAGAUAAAAACCAUUGAACAGCGCAGUGUGUUUGAUCAUCUGCGUCUCUCCUUGUAGCUGUGACUGGAAUGGCAACAGGAUUGGGUUCUCUUGCAGUGAGAUACGUUCCGGACAGGACCAGGUCAGGUGCUUGUGUUGGGACUUUAAGGAAUUGGCUGGUUUAAAGAACAACACUUGAAAAGCUUCGGAAGGCUUUCCAAAAAAGGCAACUGCAAAGUGAUCAUCAUAUCUAAUCCUGCAGAUCGGUUGGUUGAGUUACAGACCUGGUAUUGCAAGGCCUUCUCCUAGGAGUCUCCUCUGGGCAAAACAGAGGGUUUUCUCCUACCCUGUUGUACCUCAAAGGCAGCCUAACCUGAGCGUGGGUCAUGUGUGAGUGAAAUAAAUCUUUGGCUUUUAUAGGGCAUGGGGAAGGUAGGACAAUGUGGCCUUUUGUGUGUGUUAACAGGCUGGCUUUGUGGCUGUGACAGCAGGUCUUAAAAUGAAAGCCUUUGGCUCAUCCCUGAGGGAAGCAUAACUGCAUUCCCGAAAUGGGCACGUGCAAUGUUUUUGUUGAGAGUUGGUGUGCUCAGUAGUUUUAGACAAACACAGGAGCAUCUGGGUGGACUGUGCUGUUAAAGCAUUUAACUGUUCCUGAGCAUUGUUUGAAACAUUUAGAGAAUGUUACUGUGGUGUUGAGCCAAAUGUAGGGAACAUUGGGCCAAGUCAUGAAGUUAAUGCCCUGUCAGGGUUUAUGACCUGUAAUUGUCUAGGCUACUAGCAAAGGGCCAUUUUAAGAAUAUUUGGGAUUUGGCUCUGGCUUAUACUAUUGGAAGGCACUUUUAGAACUGUUUGGUAGUGAAGCUAACUAUAAUGUCUGUGUCAGUGUAUUAAUAAGGCUCUGUCUGUCAUGUCAGUAUUGCUCUACAACUUGAAGUGUUCCAGCUGAGUUUAAUUUUCUAGUUCAUCUUUGAGAGACAUAAAAUCUUUAGACUUCAUUUGUUAGAAAAAUGAAAUGUCAGUCACCUCUCAAAAGCAAAGUUCUCUGUUUCUGAUCAUCCUACAUACAUUUGCUUGCAUUUAUUCCAGUUUGAAUGAAUUUUCCUUGAAUAGGAUUAACCAGAAACAAUCGGAUAUUCCAGAUGAUGGCUCAUGGCAAAGGCACCAGGUAUUUCCAUGUGGAUAGUUCCCUCUUUUCUGUGAAAAUAGUGUGAUCCAUUAAAUUUAAAGGAUCACAUCUGUCUCCUUAAUGGCUGUAUUGUAUUUUGGAUUCGUAGCCUUUCUGUGAUAAACUGGGGACUUUUCAGUCCCUUCUAGUUUGUCUGAGCUCCCAACACUCUCAUAACUGGUCCCAUCAGUCCAGACUCAUCAUUUGACACUGUACUGUUGAAUGUCUCAGUACUUACCCUGCAGUGGCCCUCCUGAUCCUCCAACUCCUUGUACAUGUGCUCCCAUUCCUCCUGUAAAGUAAACCUUUGUCACUGACUGAUUGAAUGUGCAGAGCUUACAAAAAUGCUUUUACUACAUGAUUAGUUCCAUUCUCCUAAUGGAACUGCUUCUGCUUUUCUAAAAGCCCUUUUUCUUAGUUCCUCACCUGAUACAAUUGUUUCUAUUAUUUCUCCAUCCAGCUGAACCAGUAUUUUCCUUGUUGUAGUUUAUCUGGUGGAUUGAACCCAUUUGGACUCUGUUAAUUUGGGUCUGGG